GGUUAACAGUGCUCAGAAUUUGAUACCACUUGUUGCUUCUGCCUAUUGCGCAGAACCUGUUACCGCCCCGGCAAUUUUAGACUAUACAGUAUGUGAUUUGAACAACCAAGCAAUGGUUACCAGCCAUAUUUCUGCUACUGAUGAUGCUGUUGAGUCAACUCCAGACGCGUGUAAUUGUGGCAACACUGCCAGUGAAGGAUUUAUUGAUGCUCAGUUAAUUGCCCCUUGCAUUUUUGAGGUUCCUGUGGAGGCACAGGUUUACACACCUGCUGCUAACCAGGUUCCUAGAUCUGCUGAAGGCCAACCUACUGCCCUGGAAGCAAUUAAUCAUGAUGAACCCCUGGUGGCUACCUGUAAAAUGGCGGUAACCGAGGGUAUUCAAACUAUAUGUGCAGGUCCUGAUCUGGGAAUCCCGAAUGAUGCUAAAUUUGGAAAUGAAGAACAAUUUUCUGAUCCAUAUUUAGCAAUUAACAAUGCGGAUACUACACUUGAUCCUCCCCGGUCCAAUGAUGAUAAUAUAUCUGAGGACUCCCCCUUCAUUACUAACUUUUCUAAUGCAGGUCAUCCACAGGCAGAUCUUGAUGGCUUUACUCCAGUGAGGUUAAAGAAAAAUAGAGGCAAUUGUGCAAUGCCCCCUAACGAAACUCCGGAAUCCAAACAACUAUUCUACGAGGUGGGAUACACAUCACACCCGAUGAUCACAAGAAGUCAAUCCAGACGUCCGCAAAAUGAAGAUGACUAUUACAUAUACCCUGUUGAUGCGAGGCUAGACUCUCCGCACAAACUAGCUAUGGUACUCGCGCGAUACAGGUCUUCUAAACCGGAAGCAAAAACCUACCAACCAUAUCUCCGAAAGGCUAUUCAGUUCCAUAACAGAUAUAAUAGAUCCAUUUCGGCUACAGUCGGGAUACCUUCAAAAAACUUCAAUUGUUAAACCUUUGUUUCUUUUUUAAGCUUUUGAGUAUUAAAAAAAAUUGAUUGUAUGCAAUUGGGACAGGUUUGGUCCCCCCAGUUGUCUUUGUGUUAUUUUUUGUUUACUGUUUUCUUGGGAGGUAUGCCUCCUUUGGAAAGGUUUUUGGUAUGGUCCUCCUUUCAAUUGUAUUUCUACUCAUUUUAAAUGUUCCCCGGCAUUUACCCCAAUAAAAAAC